CUUCUCUCACUCGGCUCGCUCUUGUUCUGGCCGAAUUCCCCCUUCGCUCCAUCUUCCCCGCACUUUUGGUUGCCCUCAAACCUUUUAAAAUGUGGCCGCUUGUCUGUGAUUCGUCAGACGCGAGAGAAUGUGGCUUUUUGUGCGCCUCUCUCUCCUGCGCGCUCACUCCUCGCUCCCUCUUCCUCCCUCCAUCUCUGAUUAGAUACACUGAUUCUCCUUUCAAUGGACGUCAUUUAGCGCGCACUCUCUGCCUUGAGUCGCUUCCUCGCUUCACGCUCGAUUUCCCACCAUUCUUCCCUUAUUAAGUAUUCGUGUAAUAUUAAUAGUCAUGAAUAUCUUCUAUUAGGAGUGCAAGGGAAGGCGCACAAUCUGCUAACAUGAGCUCAACUGCUCUCUGAUCGAGGGAGAAAACAGAAGAAGGAUAUAAGAAACUUUAUGCAAUAAUCCGCAGGAGAAAACGGUGUAUUUUCACAUCACUCGAAGGGCACGAGGAACUGGACCGCAUUCUGAUGGAUUACCGGACCUCGUCGGGGCGCAUCUGACCGCUGCCGCUGCGCUUUUACCAUAGUGUCCUUCUGGCUUCUGCUUUUUUUUUUUACAAAAAAAAAUUUCGCUAUUAUUUAUGUUCCUUGUUUUAUCGGCGGCGCUUUAACCACAUCUUUCCCGUUUUUGAAUUGUCACAAAAGCUUCGCAGAUGUUAGUGCACAGUUUUUCCGCGAUGGAUCGUCACGACGCCACCAGCAACGGGACAUCCAGGUUACCGCAGCUGGGCAGCGUGGGCCAGUCUCCGUACAGCAGCGCGCCGCCGCUCUCGCACACCCCCAACUCCGACUUCCAGCCUCCGUACUUCCCUCCGCCCUACCAGCCCAUCUACCCGCAGUCUCAGGACCCGUACUCGCACGUGAACGACCCCUAUUCCCUGAACCCCCUGCACGCCCAGCCGCAGCCGCAGCACCCGGGCUGGCCGGGCCAGAGACAGAGCCAGGAGGGCAGUUUGCUGCAUCAGCACCGCGCUUUGCCCCACCAGCUGUGCAGGGAGUACCGCAGGGAGGUCCUGCUGCCCUCGGCCCACGGAAUCGACUCGGGACUCACUGACUCUCUCCCUAUCCAUGGAAUACCUCAUUCUUUAGAAGAUGUGCAGCACGUUGAAGAUCAAGGAAUACACAUCCCAGACCAGACUGUAAUAAAGAAAGGACCCGUGUCCCUGUCCAAGAACAACAGCAACGCCGUGUCCUCCAUACCCCUCAAUAAGGACGGGCUCUUCGGAGGGGUGGUCAACCCCAAUGAGGUCUUCUGCUCGGUCCCGGGUCGUCUGUCCCUCCUCAGCUCCACAUCCAAGUACAAGGUGACAGUGGCGGAAGUGCAGAGGCGCCUGUCCCCCCCCGAGUGCCUCAACGCGUCCCUGCUGGGUGGGGUGCUGAGGAGAGCCAAAUCCAAGAACGGUGGAAGGUCUUUAAGAGAAAAAUUGGAUAAAAUCGGACUAAACCUGCCGGCAGGUAGACGCAAAGCGGCCAAUGUUACGUUGUUAACGUCACUAGUGGAGGGAGAAGCUGUGCAUCUUGCCAGAGAUUUUGGUUAUGUCUGCGAAACGGAAUUCCCAGCCAAGGCAGUAGCGGAAUAUGUAAACCGUCAGCAUUCCGACCCAAAUGAGCAAGUCCAAAGAAAAAACAUGCUAUUGGCAACAAAACAAAUCUGCAAGGAAUUUACCGACCUCCUUUCGCAGGACCGCUCGCCCUUGGGGAACUCCCGCCCCCAGCCCAUCCUGGAGCCGGGCAUCCAGAGCUGUUUGACUCAUUUCAGCCUCAUUUCGCACGGCUUCGGGACCCCGGCCGUGUGCGCGGCCCUCACCGCCUUACAGAACUACCUGACUGAGGCCAUCAAAGCCAUGGACAAGAUGUACCUGAACAACAACCCCAACAGCCACUCAGACAACGGCACCAAAAGUGGAGAUAAGGACGAGAAGCACAGAAAGUGACUCCGGCCUCCUCCAAUACGCGUAUUAAAAACCACAUCUAAAUAUUACUGAGCGUGCCAAUUCUUAAUGUUGAGAUUUUUUUCCAAGCCUCUUUUUACGAAAACUCGUUUUUUUUUUUUUUUUGGAUUCGGGGGAAGAGCCCCCCCCCUCCCCCCUUUCCCGCACAGAGCUCAAGGCUUCACGGGAGCAGAGAGAGAUGGUGUGUGUGAGAGAAAGGGUGUGUGUCGUGGUGUGUCACAUGGAGACACCCUUGGUCCUUCCUCCUCUUCUGAGCUGCAUCGGACUCAAGUGCCGACUGAACCACUGUAGCCACGCGAGAAAAAGAAGCGAGAAGAGGACGAGUUUUAUCAGUAUUGUGAAUAAUAAACUUGAAAAAAAAAAUAAUCAAAAUAAAAAAUACACGGUUCCAUGUCAUGACUUCAGUUGUAAGACUUCAGACUUCAAGAGACCAACGUGAACUUUGAAUUUCGACACGAUUCACGGUUGUAUAAGGGAAUCUGUGUUCAUGUAUGUAUAUAUUUAUUUAUGUGUAAUUUAAUGGGAAUUGUAAAUAUGGUGCGUCUGUUGAAACCUUUUUUUUUUUUAAUUUAUCUGGUGCCUCCUGUUUUAGUGGGUUAAUUAUUCGGUUAGUUCUUCAUGUGGUUUAAUGGUUCUUAGAAAACUGAAGUUUGGGGUGUUAACAAUUUUUUUUUUUUUUUUUGCUCUGGGACACUUCCAUCCAGCUCUCCUGUAGCAUGCUGAGGCGAAACUGAAGCAAGUGAACAAAUUUUAAUACGAAUGAUCUCAUUGCCAUUGUCUCUAUAUCUCAUCCUUAUUGCACAUCGUUUUGAUCGAAUAGCGCAAAGCAAAGACCCUUAACGAGAGUUUAAACACUGUUCUGUGAUUCUGUUUUAUUUCAUUUGAUCCUCUGUGUUGUGUCAAUCUGAAUACUUUUCGCCUCCUGUUCUUCCCUUGAAGCACCAUAAAAGCAAUAAAUUGAUAUUGUCUUUUGAUUUUUUUUUCCCCUUCUUCUUGUUUUGAGACCUUCAGAACAUUUGGGACCACCUGAUAUCCUUUUUUUUUUUGUCCAAUGUGCACAUUGGAGGAGGAUUUAGCUGUAUUGUAUAGACCUGUGCUGGCAAUAGAUCCCUUGCCUGUUAAUGUAUUAUAGUCCUUUGUUGCCCAGAUAAUAAAUAUUUGAUACGCUUCAUGUUGAUUUUUAUUUAAGUAUGUUUUAUUUAAAUGCCCCUGUCGGUGUUUUAUGUAGUUUGUGUAGCUUGCUGUAAUUGAGUUUGAUCCCCCUUGACGAUUGCCUCAUGCAGUAAGCAGUUUGAACCCACUGUUUCCCUCAAGUAUAAUGAAAACUUACUUUCAGCUCAAAGUUAAGCGACCCGGAUCUCUCAGCGGGCAGGUGCUCAUGUUCUCAGGCAAAUUGGCCGAAGCCUGAAGCAAAAAUGACCUUCCACUCAACUCAGCUGAGGCUUAUAUUACAUAUAAGGUUAUUUGAAAACUUUUUUAAGGUAAUCUUUCUUUUCUUUCCCCUUAAAAUCAUCUUGUUGGUGAUGGUAACAAA